GUCGUCUUAUUGACAUGGAUCAAUAAGUAUGUGGCAAGAAAACGGAGAAGUUUUGUUUUGUUUUGUAUCCUGAUAGAACUUAAAUCAAGUUGUACAACAUGACAGGAGAUCCUGUAAAAAGUGUCCCGUUGCCUAGCGGACCUGCAUCACUCUGCUUCGAUAAGGAUGAAUUUAUGAAGCCGGACUUCAAUGUAGACAAGUUUGUGUUGGAAUGCAGGCGGCGGGUCCAGCUUGAGGAUUUCAGAGAUGACUUGUCUGUGUACUUGAAGAUUCUGCGGAAUGCCAUGAUUGAACUAAUCAACAAGGACUAUGCAGACUUUGUUAAUCUUUCUAGUAACCUGGUUGGAAUGGACAAGGCCAUCGGUAGUUUGACCAAACCUCUGGACCAGUUGAAAAAUGAAGUAUUGGUUGUUCGUAACACAAUGGAGGAAGCAAUAUCUGCAGUUGAGAACAAAUUAAGACAGCGUCAACAAAUAAAACAAGGAAAGGCCUGCUUACAAAGACUUUUAAACAUCAAUAAGUCAGUGGAGAAAAUUGAAAGGCUGUUGGGAAUACAAUCAGGCUCCAACCAUGAGGCUGUCCAACACUGCGGGUCAUUGAAUGGUCAGCUGAUCGAGAGAGUGGCCACAGAGUUCAACAAGCUGCAGUUCUAUGUCAGCAAGUGUAGAGGUCUACCUCUGAUCGAAAACAUUAAACCUAGGAUAGGUGUUAUAACCACGAGCCUGCAGUACAGCCUGGAGGGGUCGUUCCUGGAAGGGCUUGACAGUGGAAACACCGACAUGCUCAGACAGUGCCUCCGCACGUAUGCCCUUAUUGACAAAAUUCGGGAUGCCGAGAAUCUAUACCGUCAACAUAUCGUCAGACCUUAUAUGGAAGUGAUCAUUACAGAACAGUUUAUAAAAUCCAACCACAAUGGCUUAAAGGGAAUGUUGGAUAAGAUUCUAGAGUUUAUUCCCACACACUGUAAACUCCUCACAGAAGUCACUUCAAGAGUUUCUUCUGGAACUGGAGAGGCCAUUCGUGGGUAUGAUUUUGUUGUGAACUCAGUUUGGCCAGAGGUUGUUAGCAGCAUUGAAGCCAAAACCAGCUCUAUAUUUGCUCCUGGGAAUCCUGACAUCUUCCAAGCUAAAUACUUGAUGAGCAUGGAGUUUUUGGAGAAGUUUGAGUGUUUAUGUGGAAGUCAGGCCAGUGUGCAAAGACUGAGGGACAAUCCUAGCUAUCACACAUUCAUGAAUAAAUGGAGUCUCCCGGUUUACUUCCAGAUAAGAUUCCAGGAGAUUGCAGGGUCAUUUGAGACCUCUCUGUUUACACCAUUCAACAAAUGCCCAGCUGGAGAUGGUCAAUUUUUACUGAUAAGUACAGAAAGUCUAUGGACAAGCCUGGAGCGAUGUUGGCACCCCGAUGUAUUCUUGUCGCCCUUGUGUCACCGAUUUUUCAAGCUGAACCUUCAGAUGUUGGCACGGUAUGCUACCUGGCUGGAUGAAGCAUAUAAAGAACAGAUUGAAGACAUACCUGACACUGUUCAUGACCAGAGGGGCAGCAGGCUAGCGGUGGGAGAUGUUUCUGGAGGUAUGGGGGAGGGGCGUACCACCCCAACCACAGGGCAGGGUCGGACCACUCCCACCUCCGGACAGGGUCGUGCAACUCCAACUACACCCCAGUCACCUCCAAUCACCAUCGCCCAAGUUAUCUGCCUUACUUCAGAUGCAGAGAAGCUUUCAAAAUUGCUACCAGAAUUCCUCCAGAAGACUAUUAUUCCAAUGGUGAAAGGCUUGCCUGAGGAUGCCAUUAAAUCAUUACAAGAGUGUUUAGACAACAGCUGUGAGGCCAUCAGAAGCAGCCUUCCCCAAUUUUAUGAUUAUGUUGUAUCGGAUGUGACCAAUCAAUGCGCUGUUCAUCUAAAACAAGCCAAUGACAUUCCUCGGCUAUACCGCAGAACCAACAGAGAUGUACCAAGCAAACCAUCGGUGUAUAUUUGUUCAACAGUGAAGCAUCUGUCCAUGUUCAUAGAUGAACAUAAAGACAUUCUAGGGAACCAGCAGAAACUCACACUCUGUAGAAAGGUGUUUGCAAACCUGGCUAAACAAUAUUACACAGUCACAUCUGAGGUGUUGACAUCAGUCAAGAAAAUGGAGGACAGUUUAAAACGCCUUAAGAAAGUCCGUGGGACCGACAAGGGGUCUGGAUCCUUGGGCAUGUCUGAUGACGACAAAAUACGCCAACAAUUUAUUCUUGACAUCACUAAUCUAGGAGAUCAGCUGUCCCAGUUUGAGCUAGAUGCGAAUGCCGUAGAGGAGUACAGUACAUUACUGACCCUUGUAGAGGAAGCAAGGGCCGCUAUGACCUCUACAAACUCUACUGACACUAACUCUACACAUACUUAAAUGUGACAAGUGUGAUGGAUUAAAUUUUGUAUGCCUUUAUGCAGUUUUGGAUCAUGAAAAUAAGAGGACUGGUAUACAUGUUUGCAAGCAGCAAAUGGUUUACGUUUCUCAUUCAGUAUGAUGCAGACGGCUGACAUUUCUUAGUCAGUCUUGUGCCUAUGUUUGUCAGGUUCGGAGUCAAAAUUCAAACUCAUUACUCAAAUAGCAAGUCCAUGUUUUAUUGUAAAAAAAAAAUCCAUGAAAAUAUCAAUGGUGAAAACUUGUGGGUCUAUUCUAUUUGGACUUGAGACAUUUCAAAACCAUAGACCAUUGACUAACUAAUUCAGUAUUGGUGCGUCAUUAACAUUGAAUUUUCCAUUUACCUGCUGCUGUUUAUUUGUGCAUGUCAUGGAAUUGUAUCAAUAAUCAUGGCAUUGGGAGUGAAUUGUGGGCAAUUUUAUGGCAUAAUAAAUUAAGUUUGUGUAAGAUUAUUGUGGGAUCAUUUGUGUAUCAUUAUUUAUCAUGGAGAAUGAAAUUUGGUUAUUUAUGAAAUUAAAGAAGUGUUACUGUGAUGUUUAUGUCAUAUUAUGUGUAGAGUUUCUUCACUUUUAAAGAAUAUUUAUAAAUAAAGUUAUCAAAACCA